GGGGAGGUGUUUUCCAGCUUUAAAAAGGCAGGAGGCAGAGCGCGGCCCUGCGUCAGAGUCAGAGCGAGACUUUGAGACUCCCGAGUCUCGGCGAGGGAUCCGCCGCCGGCGCGGGCGCACGCCUCCGACCCCGCCACUGCCCCCCGCCACCCCACGCGGGCCCGGCCGCAGCCGUCCCGCCACGCGCGCGCACACGCCCCUCGAUGACAUUUCUCCGGGGAGCGAGGCGCUGAGCCCGGGCAGCGCGCGUCCGCCGGGGAGUCUGCCGCCCCGGAGCCCGACCCCGGCGGUGCCCGCUCCUCCUCCUGCUCCGCGCCGCCGCGGCCGCGUGGAUGCCAAGUACCAGUUUUCCAGCCCCUUCCAAGUUUCCACUCGGCGCUCCGGCUGCAGUCUUCGGGAGGGAAGAAACUUUGGGGCCCGCGCCGCCCGCCGGCGGCACCAUGAAGUCGGCGGAGGAAGAGCACUACAGCUACACGACCUCCACCCUCAGCCCAGGCCUGUCCCUGCCCUCGGCGCACCCGGCCCUGCCCGGCCCCUGCCAUGACCUGCAGGCGCCAGCCCCGGGCGUCCCGGCCGCGGCCGGCCACCCCGCGGGGUUCGGGGCCCUGCUGGACGGUGGGCCCUCGGGCUACUUCCUGCCUCCCGGCCACACCAGGCCCAACGGCGCCCCGGCCCUGGAGAGCCCGCGCAUCGAGAUCACGUCCUACCUGGGGCUGCACCACGGCGGCGGCCCCUUCUUCCAGGACGUGGACGCGGAGGACGUCCUGCCCGGCCCCAAGCGGCCCCCGGCCACGGCCACGCUGAGCCUGCCCGGCCUGGAGGCCUACCGGGACCCGUCGUGCCUGAGCCCGGCCAGCAGCCUGUCCUCCCGCAGCUGCAACUCCGAGGCCUCGUCCUACGAGUCCAGCUGCUCCUUCCCCUACGCCUCCCCGCAGACGUCCCCCUGGCAGUCGCCCUGCGUGUCCCCCAGGGCCACGGACCCCGAGGAGGGCUUCCCCCGCGGCCUGGGUGCCUGCGGCCUGCUGGGCUCCCCCCGGCACUCGCCGUCCGCCUCGCCCCGCGCCAGCGUGACCGAGGAGAGCUGGCUGGGCGCCCGCGGCUCGCGGCCCUCCUCCCCCAGCAACAAGCGGAAGUACGGCCUCAACGGGCGGCAGCCGUCCUGCUCGCCCCACCACUCGCCGGCGCCGUCCCCGCACGGCUCGCCGCGCGUCAGCGUCACGGACGACACCUGGCUGGGCAGCGCCACGCAGUACACCAGCUCCGCCAUCGUGGCCGCCAUCAACGCCCUCAGCACCGACGGCGGCCUGGACCUGGGCGACGGCGUGCCCGUGAAGGCCCGCAGGACGACCCUGGACCCCGUGCCCUCCCUGGCCCUCAAGGUGGAGCCGGCCGGCGAGGACCUGGGCGCCACGCCGCCCCCGUCGGACUUCCCGCCCGAGGAGUUCCCGCCCUUCCAGCACACCCGCAAGGGCACCUUCUGCGACCAGUACCUGGCCGUGCCGCAGCACCCGUACCCGUGGGCCCGGCCCCGCUCCCCCGCGGCCUACGCCAGCCCGACUCUGCCCGCCCUGGACUGGCAGCUGCCGUCGCGCUCGGGGCCCUACGAGCUGAGCAUCGAGGUGCAGCCCAAGUCCCACCACCGAGCCCACUACGAGACCGAGGGCAGCCGGGGCGCCGUGAAGGCGUCGGCCGGGGGCCACCCCAGCGUGCAGCUCCACGGCUACCUGGAGAGCGAGCCCCUCACGCUGCAGCUGUUCAUCGGCACCGCGGACGACCGGCUGCUGCGGCCGCAUGCCUUCUACCAGGUGCACCGCAUCACGGGCAAGACGGUGUCCACCACCAGCCACGAGGCCGUCCUGUCCAACACCAAGGUCCUGGAGAUCCCGCUGCUGCCGGAGAACAACAUGCGCGCCAUCAUCGACUGCGCCGGCAUCCUGAAGCUCCGGAACUCGGACAUCGAGCUGCGCAAGGGGGAGACGGACAUCGGCCGCAAGAACACGCGUGUGAGGCUGGUCUUCCGGGUGCACAUCCCGCAGCCCGGCGGCCGCACGCUGUCGCUGCAGGUGGCCUCCAACCCCAUCGAGUGCUCCCAGCGGUCGGCCCAGGAGCUGCCCCUGGUGGAGAAGCAGAGCGUGGCCAGCUGCCCCGUGCUGGGCGGGAAGAGGAUGGUGCUGUCCGGCCACAACUUCCUGCAGGACUCCAAGGUCAUCUUCGUGGAGAAGGCGCCAGACGGCCACCACAUCUGGGAGAUGGAGGCGAAGACCGACCGGGACCUGUGCAAGCCGCACUCGCUGGUGGUUGAGAUCCCGCCGUUCCGCAACCAGAGGGUGGCCAGCCCCGUCCAGGUCAGCUUCUACGUGUGCAACGGGAAGAGGAAGCGCAGCCAGUACCAGCCCUUCACCUACCUGCCCGCCAACGCCCCGGUCGUGAAGACAGAGCCCACCGACGACUACGAGCCGGCCCUGGCCUGCGGACCCCUGGGCCAGGGCCUGAGCCCGCGGAGCCCGCCGCCGAAGCCCACCUUCAGCGCCUUCAGCCGGCCGCUGGCCCUGCCCCCCGACCCGGGGUCCUGCCUUGGCGCCGGCUUCCCGCCCUGCCCCCAGAGAAGCGCCCUGGUGCCGCCGCCGCAGCCUAGCGCCAGCCCGACGCUGCAGGACCUGUCCUCCGCCGCCUACGGCACGGGCGUGGCCAGCCCGGGCCACGGCCCCCUCGGACUUCAGCGGCCGGCCGGAGGGCUCCUCGCCGGCCCGGAGGCGCCGAGGCCCGUGGGCGCACACCCCGGCUCCCCCCAGCAGCCGCCCCCCGCCCUGCCACAGCCACAGGUGAGUCCACAGCUGAGCAGCAGCCGUCCCCCGGGUGGCCGGCCGGCACUCUGUCCCCACAGCCCCGCGUCCGCACCGCCGCCCGGCGCCCAAGAGCCGCCCUGUCUGCAGCCCCGCAGCCCAGCCCACCCACCGGGGACGGGCCACCAGCAGCAGCUCCACCUGCCGAAGGUUCCGGAGACGGAGUCCACCGCCGCCGCCGCCGGGCCUCUGCCGCUGCCCGAGGUGCGUGAGGACAGUAAUCAGGGUCUGGCCCCCACUCCCGUGUCGGUCAAGCGAGAGCCUCAGGAGCUGGACCAGCUGUACCUGGACGACGUAAACGAAAUCAUACGGAACGACCUCUCCAGCACCCACACCCACUCGUAGCUGCCGGCGUGGGAACCCACUCGGGGGCUGCGUGGUGUCAGCCCCGCGAGUGGCAGCGGAGGUUCAGCGUGCAGACUUGGGACUGAGUAAACUGAACCGCGUGGCACCACUCGGGACUCCUGACUCGCCGGAGAUUCGUUACAUGUACAGAGAAGGAGCCCUUGAUCGGAAAGGCAGGAUGGGAAGAAGGAAGGGGGGAAAAAGGAAGGAUGGAUGGAAGGAAGGAAGGAAGGAAGGACCACUCCGUCUUCCGGAGGAAAUGUCACCUCAAGAAGGAAGUAAAGGGGUGCGGUGGGGUGACCGCAGGAGGCAGAGCCCGACGCCACUGCACCCGGCGGCGCCCUGGAUUUCGGUGCUGGAAGUGCCUUACUUAACCCCCAGCCACGGCAUCUGGGCGUCGUAGGACUAAGCAUUAAACUUGCUACCAGAGAAGUAUUCGUAGGAGCAAAGCUAUGAAAACAGUUUGUCACGAGGCUUCAUCAGACUUCGUAUAGACGAAGAGGAGACUCUGGCGUCGGGGGGAAAACCUAACACGGCUCCUACGUUUUUCCGACUUCUCCUGGGCGGCUGCGAUGUGCGAUUCCGUGGCCUCACUCAGUGCGUUUUAGACAUCUCCCAGUGUGUCAUCUCAGCUCCCCGCCGUCUUCCCCUCCCUGGCGUCACUGAAGCCAUAGGACUGUCCAUCGUAGCAUGCUGGAGUUUUGUUUUUUAGCCGGGCUUUGAACCUAGCACAAGUAGAUCGACUAGCACGAGAUAGGUUCCUGGACAAGAAAAGAAGUCUGUCCGUCACAGGGCAGGUGCUGCGUUUGCAUGAGUGUACAUAUAUAGACACGUAUUUAUGUAGAAACAGUAACAGGUGGUCUCUGGUCUUCGCCCAGCGAGGGCUCCCGAGCCAGCAGUAAGCAGCCUCCAUCUGGGGAGGCCCAGCGGGGCCCAGACCCGGCGCUGCAGCGGUUUUCCAGGGCCCGGCCCCCACCCCCCCGCCCCCGGACAGGUCUGCGGGUCUCGUCUCGUGCAGAUGACCGAGCACUUCGGAAGCGGAAGGAGGUGUGCUCAGAGCACCCGUGUCCCCAGAUGGCGAAAAGGGACAGUGACUGUAAAUAGCAUUACAGAGGGAGUGUAAUAUAUGUGUGCAGCUGUAAGAUGAUUAUUUCACAGAAGCCUUAUAACUCUGCUUCGUGUAAGGAAACGGUUCCCAAAAAGCGACGUUUCAACGUGCGGCGACUGGAGUGGGUUUCAGAUGAGCUCCUGUUAACAGGUAGGGUAGUGUAGGCUUUACUGCUGCAUUUUGUACCAUUAACAGCUUAGUUCACAUAACCAAAAAAAGCAUGGUUGAGUUGAAACACGUGUAACCCGAUCCUCGUGCCUUAGGAGGUCACGCCCCCUCCUGGAGCCGGCCUGAACUGCAGCCGCGGGUGCAGGUCCUUGGGUGAGAGAGCUCGCCGGCUGGAGGAAGCAUUCUAAAAAUGUUCUUCUGGGUGACUGUGUCUUACUUUUUCAACUCACAGAAAAGAAACAAAACCCUGAAAGCCAUACUGUCACUUUUGCACGCAGCUGUGAAGAGCGGAAGCCGCAGGGCUGCGGACACAGACAGCCCCGCUCCCCACGGGCGCCCCUCCCGCCCGCGACCCCAGCGCCCGCCGUGCGUCUCCAGCCCUCGACUUGCAUGAACGUUUCCGACGGACGCCCCGUGGGAAGGCAAUGCGUGACGUUUGCGUCGGCUCUCUCUGUAGUUAGGAACUAGAUGCAAUAAAGCAGCACUCGCUUGCCGGA